AUGGUUUGGUCCGACGUUGGAAGUCAAGGAUGGAUGCUGGAGACCGCGUUUAAUAUACAAAAAGUGCGGGGAAAUACCAACCCAUCAGCUGUCAGCCGUUUCUCCUACUCUGCAAAUGAGUCAUUCAACUUCGUGGGCACAGAUAAAGGGUUACUUUUAGUAUGGGUUGCUAACGACUGUGUGACAAACAAAUCUUACUAUGUAUCUGA